CUAAGAUCGGCCCAGGAGCAAAAUCUCCUUCCUCUUCCUCCUUUCUGCAGUCGUGCUCCCCUGCUCUGCGGCGCCGCCGCCGCCAAUCCCUCGUUACCUGAGCCAUGCCACCGCGAAAGCGCCCGGCGGCGCCGCCGGAGGAGCCCUCUCCUUCUUCGAAGCCUCUACUUGACGCCCAGCCGUCCGAACCCUCCAAACCCGCCCCCGAUUCCGAGCAGCCGACCAUCUCGGCGACGAUCCUCGCCCAACUGCCCACCCAGGAGCGCCUGGCGUACAAGCUCAUCUUCGAGGCGGGCAACAAGGGCAUGUGGAUGCUGGACAUCCGCAAGAAGUUGUUGAUGGGCCCCAACAUCGCCACCAAGGUCGUGCGCACCCUCGUGGGGCGUGGGCUCCUGAAGGAGGUCAGCGAUGUGCGCCACCGCAGCAGGAAGAUCUUCAUGGCCACCGACUUCCAGCCCUCCGCCGAGAUCACUGGCGGCACCUGGUACCACGACGGCCGCCUAGACACCGACGCCGUAAGCACCGCGCGCCGCUGCUGCCAGGCGCAGGUCGAGAGGCUCGGCGCCGCGACCGCGCAGAUGAUCCACAACGGCAUUCUGAAGGACGACCCCAGGGCCGUGUACACUAUCGACAAGAUCAGAGAUAUUAUCAAGACCAUGGUUCUGGACAAGGUCCUCGAGGAGGUCAAGAGCACCGGGACGGGGGAGUUCACGGCCGUCAGGGCCGGCACAAUGUGCUACCGGCUGGUGACUGGGGCUCCGCAGGGAGGGAUGAUGGAGGGAAUUCCUUGUGGGGUUUGCCCCAGGAUUGAUGAGUGCUCACCGGAGGGGGUCAUUUCGCCGAGCACCUGCGUUUACUACAAGAAGUGGCUGCAGAUGGACUUCUAGGCGGUGAGCCCUCUUCUGCUGUACCUGUGCAUCGCUAUGGAGUGUUGGAGUCUAUUGGAGAAUUCAGUUUCACAAUGAGUCAAUGACCAAUUGGGGCUGUUGGAUCACACUCAUCACACUCUAGCCUGAAUUGAAAAGUUCAAUUCGUGACCUCUGAAAGGAUAGGUAUAAAAGUCCAGUUUCAGAUUGUGUUACUCAUAUUAAGAAUCAUCUUUAUAGUUAUUUCUUCUUAGUCCUUUUAGCUUGGUAUAAUCUUUAAUGUGUAUCUUUUUCAUCAAGUUUGGAUGUCUGUACUCAGUACCAUAUCAACAUCCUAAAUAUUUAGGUAAUCGGCAAACAUUUAAGCUCUUGUACUGAAGUUAUAUUUUGAGCAUGUGAACCCAAAAUGUUCCUGUUUGACA